AUGUUGCUAGUAACUCUGAGGAAGACUUUUGAGAAUGCUGCGAAGGGGAGUGGCCUGGUCUACUGUGGAGCCACAAGCGACGAGGAAUCCCUCGAAUGGGUGGCGAAGCUUUUCCUGUUCCAGAUCGAUGCCCUGUGUGAUCUCGAUGCUGUCUAUCGUUCUUUUCCCUGGGCAUCUAUUGCAUGCCUUCACGAGUCCUCCAAGGCAGCAACCCUUCAGAGCAUGAGAAUGGAGUGGGAGUUUGUGCGAGACUGCAUUGACAAGCUGCCUUCUCAGCACGAGCUCUACUGGCUCUUCUCCUUCACCCGCUACCAAGCCUACCGUGAUGUGAUGAUCAAAGCCGAGUAUUCUGUCCGUAUGCACGGUUUAGGGUUUAGGGGUUUAGGGACGAUGAGCUUCCGGCCGGAGGCCAUGGAUGAAGAAUGUGGCCUCCCCUUCACUGAGGUUUGCCGUGUGGUGGCAGGCAUGACAGGCGAGAAGACGGACAGUGUGCUUUCCAGCUUGCCGUGCGAGCUGACUUUCAACGACUUGAGGGACAGUGGCAGGAGGCAUGCCAAAGCUGAAAAGACGGUGCCGCAGAACAUCCAUGCCAUCGCUCAGAAAAGUAGUUCACGCCGCCCUGCUGGAGGGCAGGCCCUCAGCCUCACUGCAGAAGACUGGUCAACUCCUUUGUCGCACAAGUAUGUCAAAAGCCGGGUUCACAGCAUCUUGAAGGCAACGGAUGUGGAGCUUGGAAUUUCAAGCGAGGGCCUUACGAAGCACCGGUCCUCCAAGCACUACACGAAGCCGCACAUCCUGAGCCAGCGGCUGGAUCUCAUGAGGCUGUUAGCUCAUGAGUAUCACGAGCAAAUCGCAGAUGUGCGGGAUGGACAGGACCGCUUGGAUAUGGUCCAAGAGCUUUUCAAGUCCUUGUGGAUUUGCAAGCUCGUGCCGGAGCAUGUGUUCGUGUCUUGGAAAAAGGGAGAAGAAGUUGACACACGCUUUCUGGUUCUUCGUGCAGGGCCACAUUGUUUGCGAGUGCUCCCGCUCGUGAAGUUCGGUGACUCAGAUGACGAUGUGUUCAGCUUCAAGGAGAUGAAGGUUCCUCGUUUGGGGAAGGCGGUGACGGACAUCACGGAGGUGGUCAUCUCCCAGACCAGCCCUGUCAUCGCUCACGAUCAGUUGGGAUGGCGGCAAACUUCCGCAUGGAUGACAUUGCAGCAGUAUGUUGCUGAUGUGUCUAUCUUGACCAUCCCUCGCGGUUUGCUUGCGGCUGUAUGCAUAGAGCUGGGCCUGAAACACGGCAAGAUGGACUACAAGGCUCGGGUUCAUCUGUUCCUCCUCAAAAUGGGCAAGUCCGAACAAGAGAUCCAGAACAUCCUGGAGGAAAUCCCUGACAGCUGCCCGCGCAAAAAACGCAACGAGGACCCAAACAAAGACCAGGAGGAUGAGCAUUUGGAGGGCCAGACUUCCGACGAGGAAGAGGAAGAGCUUUUGGAGGAAAUGGCAGAGGAUCCAUCAGCAGAUGAUGAUGCCAAGCAGGGUUCCGAUGAGCCAAAGCCGGAUGAGCUAAAGCCGGAUGAGCAAAACCCGGAUGAGCCAAAGACUGUGAGCCACGAUGUUCCGAUGGCCGAAGGAGCCAAUGGAGCAGACGAGGCCGGGAAGGAAUCUCACGACGCUGAGCUGUCAUUCAGUCCGGAAUGCUGA